AUGUUUAAUCGUUAUAUUGAUCUCUUUUGUAACUCUAGGGAUGUUCCAUGGUUUAUCGACAGCGAAUGGAACUAUGCCAGAGGGCAACUAUCGACUAUCGAUCGUCACUAUGGUCAUGUUCAUUGGAUCAUUCAUUCAAUUGGCACACACCAAAUUCAUCAUCUUUUUCCUAAAAUUCCUCAUUAUCGUUUAGAGGAAGCUACAUUUUACUUUCGUAAAUCUUUUCCAAAUCUUGUUCGUAUUAAUAAUGAUCGAAUCUUAUCAUCGUUUAUACGUAUGGGCAAAAAAUUUAUUCGACAACGAUACAUUGGCAAGGAUCGUUAUGUUUAUACUGAUACAAAUGAUAAACACGUCUCAACAUCACAAGUGACAUUAAAAGCACAUAUUACAUUUGAUGAUCUAGAUAAAAGGGGUAAAUAUACAUGUAUGACACAAGAUGAAGAGGAGAAUACUGGUUCAGAUACUCUUACCGGUUCUGAUCCAAGCGGAGGUGCUGGCAUCCAAGCCGAUUUAAAAACGUUCUCCGCUCUUGGGUGUUACGGAAUGGCAGUCAUCAGUGCUCUUACAGCGCAAAAUACCCAAGGUGUACAAGAUAUUCAUUCGCUGCCAUCAGAAUUUGUGGCAGCUCAACUGAAAUCGAUUUUAGAUGACAUUGCCGUUGAUGCUGUUAAGAUUGGCAUGUUAGAGAGAGGUGAAAUCAUUGAUCAAAUAGCUGCUCAUCUAACACGAUUUAAGGGCAUUAUUGUUGUCGAUCCUGUUAUGUUCGCUAAAAGUGGUGAUCAACUCAUUAAAGAUGAUGCAAUUGAAGAUUUAAAACAGAAGAUUCUACCAUUUGCAACCGUUUUGACACCGAAUAUUCACGAGGCAUCUCAUCUUGCUGGUGUAGAAAAAAUCGAAACGAGUGAAGAAAUGGAAGUAGCUGCUUUUAAACUCGUAGAAUUGGGACCAUCUGCUGUAAUUAUCAAAGGUUCACGGCCUCGGUUAGCUGGCAGAGACUGUCUUGCCAUAAGAGGAGCCUCUAAAGCGCUAUGGUUUGAAUCAGAGCCUAUUGUGACAAACAAUUUACAUGGAACAGGCUGUACAUUUUCUGCAGCGAUCACCUGUUUUCUAGCAAGAAACAAGGAUAUUGUCACUGCUAUUAAAAAUGCCAAGGAUUAUAUUUCUCUAGCUAUAAGUGAAGGAUCCAAGUAUCAACUAGGACAUGGUCGGGGACCUGUACAUCACUUUUACUCAUGCUGGUCACCUUCCAUCAGUUUUACGCAAGAAGCCUGGUGGAAGGUCAAUCAUCUCUAUCGAAAUAUACUCGAUCAUCCGUUUAUCAAAGAAAUGGGAGAAGGAACAUUGCCGGAGCAGAAGUUUGAGUAUUUUAUUCAACAAGACUAUUUAUUCAUGCUUGACCGAGCAAAAGUAUUUUAUAUUCUGGCGUCUCGUACUUUAAAUGACGAAGAAUGUCGUAAUUAUUUGGAUGAAUUUGGCAAGACAAGUUCCAAGAACGCUGAUGAGUUAUUUCGGAAAUAUAAUUUCCCAAAUUUUACUGAUGAUCAACUGAAGAAAGGGCCGGCUUGUACUGGUUACACAGAUUUUAUGAUAUCAAAGGCUAAAUGUGACGUGGCAGAAUGUCUGGUGGCUUUGUUACCAUGUACAGUGUUAUUUCAAAAAAUCGGAGAACAUCUAAAACAAACGGGCGUCGAAUCGAAUAAUCCAAAAUAUCAGAAAUGGAUCGAUAAUUACAGUAGUUUAGAGAGACGCCGAGAAAAGACCAAAGAAAAAAAGAUGUUUGUUGUAUUCGUUAUUUUUUUAACUAUACUCAUUCCUUCAAUACAAUCAUCUAAACCAGCAUUAAAAUUAACAUUUACUCCCGAUGAAAAAUAUUAUACAGAGGGUCAUGUGGUUGAAAUUCUUUGUGAAUUAAUUAAUCCUAAUGAUCAUACAGAAUCACCACAAUUAUGGCAUGUUGAUAUAAAAAGUGGUCAACGUACGGCAAUAGGUCGGGUAUUAUUAAAUACACCACCAGAUGAUUCAUUAGAUAUAUUUAAACAUAAUAAAAAUAAACGUUUGGAAUAUGUUAAAAAAAAUCAUUUACGUAUAAGACAAAUUUUAUUUGAAGAUACAUCUCGAUAUGAAUGUACUUGUCCGGAUUGUGAAGAACAAUUAGAAAAAAAAACAAAAGAACUUCACGUAAUGAAAUUAACAGAUCCAAAAUGGCAUAUUGAACCUGGCUGGCCAAUACAAGAAAAUGCUAAAACAACAUUAAAAUGUACAGCUGAUGAUUUUUAUCCAUAUGUUAGUCAUCAGAUUCUUCGCAAUCAUCAUAAAAUUGAUGGUGACGGUAAAGCUACGAUACCGAAUAAUAAUACAAUUCCACAAAAGUUUUCUUGGGAAGCAACUGUUACACCAACACAUGAAUGGCAUAAUACAACAUUAGAAUGUACAAUUAUUGAAGGUAAUCAUAAAAAACAUGCAGUAAAAAUUCUUGAGGUUAUAUUUACUCCACGUUUUAUUAAAUGUGAAGAAAAACAAUAUGUUAAUUCCACGAGAGACAAAUCAACAAUUGUAUGUUAUUAUGCAGGAAAUCCUCAACCAAAGUUAUUAUGGCUUCGACAAACAGAUGAAAAACCUAUAACAUCAGAUGCAGGUGUUACUAUUGAAGUAACAGAUGAACAUCAUGGCAAAUAUAAAAGUGCUGUUACAUUUGGUCGUCAGAUAUUAACAACAAGAGAAGAUAAUUACUAUGAACAAUUAUUAGCAGAUGGUGUUAUUGUAAGAUUAACAAACAAUAAUAAUGAAGUUAAAGAGUCUCGAAAAAUAAAUAUUGUGAGUGAUCCAAAUCAUGCACGAACAAAUCCACUUGAUAGUUUAUCGAGAGCAACAAUACAAAACUUUUCAACAUCUAUUAUCUUAUUUUCAUUUUUAAUUAUUCGAUAUAUAUGA